AUGGUGUUUGCUGCAUACAAGAGUGGGCUUGGAAAAGAAGGAGUUGCCAAAUUUAGUGAGGUCUUCAAUAUGCCUUUUAAUAAGUCACCUGACACCUAGUACAGCCAUGAAGAGACCCUCAGUCAAGCCUUCCAAGAAGAAACAAGCGAACAGCUACAAAAGAACUAGGCGGGCACAGUUGGAAGGAAGUAAGACAACGUGAUAGUGGAAGAAUUCAGCAAGCAGAGCACAGAGCUCCACAAAAAGACAAACAAUAUAGACUUGCCCAAAGACAAGCUAAGCAGAGAGAAGAAGACUUGUGUGUAACCCAGGAAGCCAUAACCUACAAAGCUAGAGGUUUUGUCAAAACAGCUGUGCAGAGUGGGUAAAAAGAGAAAGAACAAAAGAACCUAAGCAUACCUUCAAGUAGAUGUGCUGUGAUGCAUAAAAGGCCAUUUUAGGAAGUCAUUAGUCUUACAAGUGAGUUAGAUAAAAAGGAAGUUUAAAUUACAUUUUUCUGAAAAUAGCUCUUUUCGGGGUAAUUUUGUUGGCCCCUCAUAUUUCUUAAAGAGUGUUUCCGCUAUUGACAACAAGUUUGGUACAAAGAUUGUUUAUGUAAUUAUUUGCAACCUGAUUGAGCAAAAUCUGAAAUAUGACUGUUUUUAUAAGUAAUUUGUCUUUAGCAAAAUCUAAUUAUUACCAUGACAACCAAAAUGGUCAAAAGGCAGUAACUCUCAAUAAGGUUGCAAUCCAUUGGAUAAUGCUUUGUUGUAUCAAAAAUCAGGUGAUUAUUUUAAAAGGAAAUAAGAAAAAAGUGAUGAGCCUCAACUUAACCCUCAAAAUAGCCCUUCACAGUAAUGCAUUAAUUAUUAAUCUAAAAUAACCAAUAUAUUAACUAUAAACAUGUCAGGUGGUAGGCAAUUGCCUGGAUGUACUUCUUACCAAGUUUGAGCUGAUUUGAUUGAAUUGUGGAUUAAAUAUGAUUGUUUUACAUAAGCUACCAAAAUCUUACCAUGAACUAACUGUAACGCCCGUCGUAACAAGGGAAGUCUGGACACUAGAGACAAAUACUGGACUAAUCAAGACUGUAUUGUACACAAAUAAAUAAUAAAUUCGUUAUCAUUGUCAUUGAAAAAAGCUAAAACUAUAUUAUUUCAAAAAAAAUAAGAAAAAACUAUAUCAUUUUCUUGAGACAACUAUAUAUUUAGACUUUAUUCACUGAAGGUUCUCAGUUCAAUUUAUGACCCAUAAAAGCCAGUUUACUCACUGUGAAAGCAAUGGUCUUGUGUAUAUGCCACACCCACAAUUUUAGGCCUAAAACUUAAGCAAAAAGGUGCUGCUUAUACACAAGUCUUUACAGUGUUGUAAGUUUCAAAUAUGUUGUGGUGACUUGUAUUAGGCAAGAUUUCUAGUUUGUGGCAUUUUGCAUGUUUUUGUGAAUUUCACAGGAUUUACCUGAAAUUCAUGGCUCCCUGACCACACAAAAACAUCAAAAACUCUGUAUCAGUAACCUUCUUAAUGAGUAGUAUCUAGCCAGAAACGAAAUUUGUCUUAUUACUCAAAUAACCCCACUCUAUCAUAAUAAACCAUGAAAAAUGACUUUUUCAUGCAUUUCAUUGUGGAAACUAUCCAAAGAAUUUAUCAAAUGAACAUGACUGAUUAAUAUUUGGUACCCCCCCUUAAAAACAGUGGCAAAAUCACUUGUUUAUUUAUUUACCUUCAAUGCUGCUCCUUUUAGAGUGCUCUCAUGAUUAACUGAUGAUAGCUUUUCCUUGACUUAAAUAUUGAAAAACAGCUGGGUGAAAAAAUGAUGGUGAAGGUCCACUCUGCAGAAUUGACACAACCUUCAGCUCAGCAGCCGAGCAGCAAUCCUUUUGAUUAAAUAUCACCAGAGGAUCAGUUGGUCUAUCCAUAGAGAAAAAAGCUCCUUCAACAUGAUCCAGAAUUUCUGUAAAGGAAACACAAAACACUCUGGGAUAUUGUCGUCACAUUGUCUACGGAGCUCAUCAAGUUGUGGUGUGAAAAGAUUUAAUGGUAUAAGGUUAAGUCUAUUUAUAUCAUAAAAAGAUAAAAAUCAAACUGAUUAAAAAGUGUUCUGCCAAGGAAACAUUUAACCUCUUCACAACCCUAUGGCUUGAUUAAUUGCCACAUCUGAUUUUGGAAAAAUCCCAUUGACACAUUCAUGAAAUGCUGUUCAUCCACAAAUUAGCCUACAUGUGUUUUGUCUAAGAAUGAUCCCUCGAUACUGUAAAGAGACCAUUGCAUACACAAACAGUACUGUUGAGGUAUAGAGAAAAUUUUUCAUUCAAGAUCUUUUUACAAAUUCUCCUUAAACUUCAGCCAUCUGACAUCCUACACGUGUUUUGUACAGGAAUUAUCCCUAAAUACUGCAUCCUGGCACAUCCAGUAACAGUAAGGUUCUGUAUAGAGAAAAUCUUUCACUCCAAGGAGAUCUUUUUUUGCAAAAUCUCCUUAACGGUCUCAUAAUCACUUAAUUAAGGAUACCAAAAGGCAUACCUGUCAGGCAAUCUCUCCUUGCUCCCCAUUGCCUAUUGUCAGUUUUCCAAUGAAUAUAAUUUUAACAUAGUCAUCUGCACCUCAUAGCUGAUUUUGUUGAGCCUGUUUAACAUCUUUCCGUAUGAGCCUCUCCUUGAUGUUCAUUCAGACUAGUUUUCUGAGACUCAUGUUGUUAAGCAACCCAUGGAGGAUAUCCUUGAUACUUUCCUUGGUUUCACACUGAGUACCCUGUAGGGCUGGAUCUAUUAUGCAAACUUCUCUCCCUUCAUCCACACAAUUUGAAUUUUGUUCCUUUCCUUCAUUUGAGACAUUGCUUCCCCAAACAUCGUAGCAUGCAUCUGCAUGUUCUGCUUUUGUAAUUACAGGAAAAGAGAGAAAGCUACAUGUGAAACAUUCCACAUCAUCAUUGCUAGGGUUGGUCUCAACUGCAUGUAAUACUGGAUCUUUACUUACAGGGUCUGUUGUGAACAUUUCUUCCUCAUCAUUUUUCUCUGUUUUGUCAUCACUUCAACCAGGCUGAUCUUCUCUCUCAUUGUCACUUUCAUAAAAUAUUGGCAACUCAGAGAACAAAAAGUCAUCACAUCACAUCAGUAUGCUUAAUCUCCAUCCACACUGUUCUCUACACAUUUCUUAAGGUACUAGCAAGAAGAAUUUGUUCAACAAUCAAGAACUUCCUUAGUUAGGGAUCAUUUCCUUUAUUCUUGUGACCUUAAUGUGUGAUUCAGGUGUGAUAUUUUAGGGAGAAAUUACAUGAGAUGCUGGUCACUUUUAGGGGUUAAAGGAACAGGAUGUACCAGAAAGUGACAAGGCAAGUAAAAAUGUACCAUAUGUUAGUUCACUGUAUGUACAUUUUCAAUGCAUGGGAAGAAAUAUUCAGUGCACUAUAAAUGUACCUUAACUCUAACUUGUUCACUCUUUGAAUGUGUGCAACUGUUAUAGUGGUAUCCAGUCAAGUCGCCGACAGUUCAACUCGUCAAUGCCAACUCACCAAAAUCAAGUAGAGACAUCAGUGAGCUGGUCUUUUAAUACAGUACAACUUAUUAGAAGUUAACCAUAUAGAAAAGUAAAAGAUAUUCAGUAAAAAAAAGUUUUUUUCUUCCAACAAAGUUUAUAAGGAUCUCAAGGCAAAUAAAGCAAGGUGAAUAUCGCCAAUGACUAUAAAAGCUUCAGAUGUGAACGAGCAAUUGUGUGACAACAACACUGUAAAGACUCAUGUCAAUCAGUCAGAUUUUUUGAAGAAAACUUAGCUUUCUAGGCAAGAUCUUAAGUAAAAAACAAUUCUGUCAAUUUCCAACAAAGUUUAUAAGGAUCUCAAGGCAAAUAAAGCAAGGUGAAUAUCGCCAAUGAUAUAAAAGCUUCAGAUGUGAACGAGUAAUCGUGUGACAACAACACUGUAAAGACUCAUCAUGUCAAUCAGUCAGAUUUUUUUGAGGAAACUUGGCUUUCUAGACAAGAUCUUUAGUAAAAAACAAUUCUGUCAAUUUCCAACAAAGUUUAUAAGGAUCUCAAGGCAAAUAAAGCAAGGUGAAUAUCGCCAAUGAUAUAAAAGCUUCAGAUGUGAACGAGUAAUCGUGUGACAACAACACUGUAAAGACUCAUCAUGUCAAUCAGUCAGAUUUUUUUGAGGAAACUUGGCUUUCUAGACAAGAUCUUUAGUAAAAAACAAUUCUCUUUAGUUCCCACAAAGUUUAAAAAGAUCUCAAGGUGAAUAAAACAAGGUAAACAUCACCAAUGACCAACAAAGCUUUAGACACAACCGAGUUAUUGUGUCACAACCAGCAUCAUUCCAGAUUCACACUUUGUUAGCUCACUUUUGAAGGUGUUUACAUUUGGUCCAUCUUAGUACCAGGCUAUGCCAGUGAAUGGCAAACACCUUCUAAACACUUAUGUAAUAAAAAGUUUUAUUUGAAAUUUAUUUUCCUUACAUAAGAUAUUUUCUUUACUUUACAAUGUAAGAUGUAACAUUACAACAAGUUCAGUUGAGAUUAAACAGACCUUCAAGAGCAGAAUAACUGCAUGAUAUACAUAGCUUUCACAUGUUCACUUGAUCUUUAUAAUAUACCAAAUUUUACUGUAAAUCAAACGUUCUCAAUCAUGAAUAAAUCAUUCUUUAAAGUUAAAAACAACGUGGUUCUGCAUGGUUGCUAUGGCUGUCACACAAUAACUUGUUCGCAUUUAAACCUUUUUUGUCAUUGGCGAGGUUCACCUUGCUUUAUUCACCUUUAGAUCAAUCCUUGUAAACUUUGUUGGAAACAAAAAGAAUUGUAUUUUACUAAAGAACUUGCCUAGAAAGCCAGGUUUUUUAAAAAAAUCUGAUCAAUUAACAUGAUGAGUCUUAACAGUGUUCAUGUCACACAAUAACUCGUUCAUGUCUAAAACUUUGUUACAUACAUACAUACAUACAUACAUACUUUAUUUAUUCCAGAAGCAGAUGAUAACUAUUAUAUACAAAUAAAACUAAAAAGAAAAUACUUCUAGAAAAGGAAGUUAAGAGGUUAUCCCUGUGUAAAAACUCCCUUAAAAGAAAAGACAAAAUAUAAAUCAAAAUCAUUACAAUCAAAUAUUUAAGUACGAUUUAAGUUUAGAUUUAAAAUGCUGAAAGCUGUCAGCUUCCACUAUAUCACCCGGUAACUCGUUCCAUAAUUUGACAAUCCUAAUAAAAAAAGAAUUUUUGUAACAAUUAAGUCUAGCUGGUUUAAUAUAGAGUUUGUAUUGAUGAUUUGCUCUCGUAGACCGAAUCGUGGCAAUAUCAAAGAAGUCUUCAAAAUUUAAAUGAUAAAAACCAAAAACUAUCUUAUAACAUUCGACUAAAGAUAAGUAAGUUCUACGGUCAGAGAGAGUGGGCCAUUUUAACAGUUUGCAUCGGUCUUCAUAGGACAUUUCUCCUUUGCGUUGAUUUAAAGCGAGUCUUGAGGCUCUUCGCUGUACAUUUUCAAGGGCAUGGAUGUCCUUAACAAGGUAAGGACACCAAACAGGUACCGCAUAUUCCAAGAUUGGCCGUACCAGAGACAUGUACAGCAUAGAAAAAACAUUUGUUUUAGCGGUGCCUACUGAGCGUUUAAUGGAACCUAAAACUUUGUUCGCUUUAUUGACAGUGAUACUUAUGUGAUGGCCCCAUGAAAGAUCUCUAGUUAGUGUGACACCGAGAUCUUUAAAAUUAGUCACGUCUUUCAGGGGCUUUUCUAAGAAAUAAUUAGUUACCGACUUAUCGCGUAAAUGCGUGAUUCGCAUAGAUUCGCAUUUGUCUGCGUUGAAACGUAGCUGCCACUUACGAGCCCAUGCGCUAAGAUUAUUAAGAUCAUCCUGAAGAAGCUGACUAUCUUUUAUAGGGUCAAUUAUCUCUGUAGAUCUUCGUGUCGUCUGCAUAUAAUUUUACUGUAGAUGAUAAGAAUUCAGAUAUGUCAUUAAUAUACAAUAAAAACAAUAGGGGCCCGAGAAUGGUUCCCUGUGGAGUUCGGAGGUAACGCACGACCAAUCAGAAUAAGAUCCCCUAACGACUACACGUUGUUUGCGCCCCACCAAAAAUGUCUCAGCCAGUUGAGUAAACAUUCGUCGAUGCCGCUACAUUUCAAUUUUAAAAGCAGUCGCUCAUGAGGAACGCUGUCGAAGGCUUUGGCAAGAUCCAGAAAAAACAACAUCGGUAGGAGUGGAUGAAUUACGGGAUUUCGCCCAGUCAUUAAACGUUGAUAACAUUUGAGUUGUAGUAGAUCUUCCUCGUAAAAAGCCAAAUUGGUUGCUAUUGAUAAAGUCGAUUUCGCGCCAGAACUUAAUCAUCCUAUCAAAAACAAUUUUUUCACAGAUCUUACAAGCAAUUGAAGUAAGGGAAAUUGGGCGGUAAUUUUCUCUCGAAGAUUUGGAACCCUUCUUAUGUAGAGGAGUAAUGUCGGCAUGUUUCCAUUCCUCAGGCAAAAGGCCAAGAGACAACGAUUUGUUUAUCAUAUACGUUAACGAAGGUGCUAAUUCCGAAGCACACGACUUAAAAAUGCACGGCGCGAUAUGGUCAGGCCCAGGAGACUUGUUGGGCUUGAGUUUCAGAAGAUGGCGUUUGACCUCAUUGACAGAACAAUCAAUUUUCGCAAGUUUCUUGUCAACAGUGCAGUCUUGAGUGGGAAAAUUUGCAUAAUCUUCGGUAGUAAACACCGAAGAGAAAUAUGAGUUCAUACUCUGAGCAAUACUGAAGUCGUCAGUCAGAGCACAUCCAUCGACGCUUAUAGAGAUGAGAUUAUUAGUGCCUCUUCUCUUGGACUUAACAAAAUUCCAGAAAGGUUUCGGGUUUUCAUUUUCCUGUAGAUCAAGUGCAAGUUUCUUUAUAUACGACCAUCUAGCUGUGUUACAAAGUCUCUUAACAGAAUUGUUGAGUUGCCGAUAUUUUUCCCAAAUAGUUGAAUUGUUUUUUCUGCGAGCUCUAUUAUACAAUAAUUUCUUCUUUUUGCACAAAACAAUAAGUUCCUGUGUAAUCCAGGGGGCACUGGAUCUCUUUUUAUUCUUGCGUUUGGGAAUGCACUCAUCCACUGCUGUAAAUAACAAGUCUUUCCAGCAAGCCCAAUUAUGAUUAAUAUCGCUGUCGAAGAAGGCGCAAUGCCAUGGAAUAUAAGAUAACAGCGAUCUUAAGUGAUCCCAGUCGGCUUUACCAUAGCAAUACAACAACUUCUGUGAUUUACGCUGGACGUAAGGUAUACCAGAUAACGAGAAGGAGAUAGAAUUGUGAUCUGAAAAGGGUUCUCCAACAACCAAAUGGUUUACGAGGUCGGGCGAAGUAGUGAGAACUAAGUCUAGGAUGUUCGAGUCUCUGGUAGGUUCAUUUAUCAACUGUGUCAAAAAUUGUCUUGGACGAUGUCCAUCAUGAGUGUGUAAAUAUCAGAUUGACGCAAGAAUCUGUUAUUCAACCAAUCAAUCUCCGGAAGAUUGAAAUCGCCAACAAGAAUCAACUCGUUCGUCGAAAACUCUUGCAAAACAGCUUGUAAGUCCUCUAAAGGCUUAGGAUCGUUAUUGGGAGGACGAUAGAAAACUCCCAAAGUGACUUUGCGAUUGUAUGAGAAAAGAAGAUCGACGAAGAUGAACUCUGAAUCGUUCUGUGUAGUAUCACGGGGAACCGCUUUGUUGGUCAUUAGCUAUGUUUACCCUGCUUUAUUUGCCAUGAGAUCCUUCUAAACUUUGUUGGAAGAAAAAAAAUAAUUUUUUUUUGCUAAAGAUCUUUUACUUUUUUCUAUGGUUAACUUCUAAUAAGUUGUGCUGGAUUAAAGACCAACUCACCAACGUCUCUACUUGAUUUUAUACGUCGACGAGUUGGCAUUGGUGAGUUGAACCAUCAGCGACUUGACCACAAUUCGUUAUAGCAACUCACUACAAACAAGAAUCAUAAGGGGCUGCUUCUACAGAGAUCUUUUACACCAGAGGCAAUCUUAUCAUGAUUCACUAGUGCUACAACUCCUUUCAAUCAGCUACUUUUUUCUUCACAUAAUAACAUACAUUUCACAUAAUUGUCAUCAUUGUUGGCUACUUUGGCACCUACCUUUAGUAUUUGUUGUGCAAGACCUCCUGGGUCAGUACUAUUAUUAUUCCAGCAAGUCUAUUGUUAUUGCGAUCUUUGAGGUAUUGAUAUUUUAAAGCAAUUCCUUUAACCUUAAAUAAAAAAUAAAAAAAGAAAAUAGUUUAGAGUUUCCUGUUCAAGAAAUAUAUGCACAGACUUUUCUCUUCCUUUCCCUAUUCUUAGAUGAUGCAUUUCAUUCUUAAGUUUCUCAAUAAACCAGUUAUGUCAGACCAUGUUACUAUAAACAGAGUGAAAUAAUCAUUACGUAUGCUUCUACCAACCAUAAUUUAUCAAACCAGUUCACAAGCUUUGGAUUUACCAUGCAGAGGCUAUUAGCUUGUAGGGAAGCCACACUUUUCUGAAAUUAAUCCUUUGAUGUUGAUUUGGCAACAAAGCAAAGUCAAAACCUUCAUUUUUAGUCUUCCUCAGCCACCUCUCCCAUCCAUUUGUAGUACACUGGAUUUGAGAAAGCAUACAAGGAUGCCAUUUAUUUAGACUUGUGUAAGUUUUUAGUGUAGUUAUAAGAACGGCAAAAGUAAUGCAUCUAGAAUGCAAAUCUACAAAACCAUACAGGUGCAUGGAUUAACCAACCUCAAAAUGACUGCUGUUGUUUUCACAAGAAAUUGCAUUUUCAAUUUUUACUAUUUAUUCCCUACCUGUGAAUGUUUGCUGUCAAAAAAUAUCAGGGUUUCCAAGUAUCAUCCUAAUCAUGGAAGAUUGUUAACAGUUCUUAUACAUAUUGCAGCUGUUGUUUCACUUUGAAUGAUGAAAGAGCCCAACCCUAUACAGUUUAUGUUGGUUUUAGCAACUGGAAAGAAUAGCAGCAAGUCACUUCUCAUGGUCUUGUAAAUGGCAUCCAGAAGUUUAAUCUCAUUUCCAAAUUGAUUUAACAGCUAAUUCUGCCAGUUUGUUUGGUGUGUAAACAACACAGUUUCAGCUUUUGUGUUCCUUUUGUGUUCUUUCUGUGUUCCUUCUGUGUUCCUUUUGUGUUCUUUGAACAAUGUUGACAAUGUUGACAAUGAUAGAGCACAUGGUCUGAAAUAAAACUUGAGGAUGCUCCUAACACUAAAGCUGUAUUAUCUUUUUUAGGUUUUCCUGGUCAACUUUGGACCACAUCUCCAUGGAAGCCUGGGAUAUGUGGGUUUGUUGGCUAGAAGUACCUAUUUGUUGGUAGUGGUGGUGGAGUUUGGCCCGCAAAUAUAUCCCUUUUGACAAACUGCUUAAUGCAGUGUCUAUUCAUCUCUUGCAUUCUGUUGAUAAGCCUUUUGUUGAUGGGCUGGAGAAUACCACCAAGAUAAAUGUUUGAUACAAGAGAGAAUUAACACAAAUCCAUGUUACAAUGAGUUGAAACAUAUUUGAAGAGUCUAAUACAAGUGUAGAAUAACACUCCUGUCUCUACCACACUCCAAAUCAUUGACAAGACCCCCCCCCCUCAUUAAAUGUUGCCUGUCUGUAGCUAAAGGUUCAUGGAAACACUAUACAACAUUGUUUUGAGAAGUGGUGGGUGAACAGAUUAACUAACAAAGGCAAAAGAAAGAUAAAGUUGAAGGAAUAAGGGGUUAAAAGGUUGAUGUUUCAACAAUUUUGUCACCAAUAGUAGGUUUGCUGAAAACAAAGCAUUAGAGGUUGAAACCCAGUUCAGAUCCCCACAACUAGAUUUUGCUUCACAUUUGUGUUAUUUACAUUUAACUUAUAGGAGACUACAGGCAAUAGUGGCAAGAAACUGCCAGCAGGGACUAUAACUAACCAGCCAUUAUUAUAAAAGCCAAGUGUGUUACAAAUAAAAAAUUAACAAACAUAUUCAUUAAGACAAAAAAACCUCUUCAAUUACAUGAUCUUUGUGUUCCUCUUGAUUUGCCAAGUGAUUGUAAAUUUGACAUUCAAAGCCUGGUUUCUGUCCACUGUUGAUAUGGAUCUUUAAUUUUGAUGAAAUGUCCCUCCUGAGUUGCUCAGUGUCAUUCUUGGUCUACACAGCAAAAAAAGUUAAAUAGAUCAAUUACUCUACAACCUAAUUGACAUGUGCUGUUAACCAGAUGGAAAAUGUUAGAAAAAUUGUCCUGACUGUUAUAUCAAAGUAUCUGCGUUAUGAAGUUGAGCAGAUUUUUUCUCUUUGCAUAAUUUGAAUGGCAUUUUGUGCUUAUUAGCGAGUGUUUUGUUAUGUCUAUCAAGUGUUAAGUUAUUUGAAGAACAGUAUAUAAGUGUCCCGUAGUUGAGAGUUUGUCCUUUGAGCCUAUGAACACCUCUGCACAGGCAGUUAAUUCUCACAUGGACAAAACCUCCAGCAUCUUGCUUCAUGGA